UUAUUUGUUAAAUUCCCGUAAUUGCAGCGCUGCUGGAACAGUGACGUAGUUAGUGGAACACAUAUUGAACCAUCAAAAGCACAAAAGCCAGUUGGACACACAUCAAACAUACAGCCAUGGCCGACGACUGGGAAUCUGCAGCCGACAGUGAAAUCAUACUUCAAAAUGCAGCAAGCACCGUAAACAAGUGGGAGGGGGAGGACGACGACGACGAUGUGAAGGAGAGCUGGGAAGAUGAGGAGGAGAAGAAGGACGAGGAGAACGAGAAGCCCACAAUAACAGAUGUGCCAGUCAAAACCAAGCCAAGCAAAGCGCUGAAAGCCAAACUAGAAGAACAAGCGCGGCUUGAAGAGGAGAAGGAAGCGAAACGGCUGGCCAGCCUCACACCCGAGGAGAAAUUGGCCGAGAAGCUGCGGUUGCAAAAGAUCCAGGAAGACUCCGAUUUGAACCACGCCCUGGACACAUUCGGAGUGACGCGUGCAGAAACAAACGGCAACGGCCUAGACUCCUUCAACCCGGAGACCAAGGAGCAGUUCAAGGAGUUCGGUUCUGCGCUCAGCUGGAAGGUCGGCCAGUAUCGCGAGUCUGCGGAAUUCCCACAAUUCGUCGAAGACCUAGUGCGCGGUCUAUGCAUACACCUGAGCGCCGCUGACAUUAAGAAGGUCAAGAUGAGCGUGGAAAUCUUGCACUCAGAAAAACUCAAAAUGGAAAAGGCCAUUGCCAAGAAAGCCGCCGGCAAGAACAAGGGAAAGGCCACGCUUCGCACAGAGAGCGAUGAUAUUGAUGAUUACAAAAAGUAUGGCAAUGAUUUUUCCGAAGAUUACGAUGACUUCAUGUGAAUAGGCGAUAUUCGAGUAUAUAUAUAGUUACCCCCUCCUGCAUAUAUCUAAUUAUUCAAUACAUAGUUGCUUGUUGAAGAGUUCUUGGUGUUAUAGAAAGUGCGCAGGAAUUAAAAAAAAACUUUGUUGGUUAUUUAUAUGACCCCACAAAACAUAUAGACCGUCGGUAGACACAGCGAGAGAGAUAUACAUAUAGAUAUACUAGCAUACGGUCGAGUCAAGUCAAGUCAAGAAAAGCAAUCAGGAAACCUCAGCGAAAAAGAAACGACAGAUAUUUAGGAACAUUUACUACAAAAAUUACUUAUGGCAACCACCUACUUGGAAUGGCUUCUUGUAAAAUUCACCUUUGUAUAAAUAAAACUUCAUUGCGAUAUUAAACGGUA